GGCUGGAGGGCAGAGGGCUGCCAUAUAACCGCCUCCGGGGGCAAUACGACCACUAUUCACUGCAGCCAUCACAAGAACUUUGCCGUGCUAAUGGUGAGUAGUUAUUUCACUAUGACCCCCCCCCGCAACACAUAACGUGUCUUCCACAUGCUUAGGGCCCAUUACGGAUCAAAUCAACCUUUUUUUUCCCUCUAUCUUGGAGUAGACUGAGUCACGUGUUUUAAAAGAGGACCUUCAAAAGCCUCCUUUAUUGUUGCUCCCCAGCAGAGGGAUUGGAUUGCCAAAUGCUGUAUGAGGAUUUAUUAGCGUUGGAAUAUCAUAGAGUCUUCUUUUUCUUUGGGAAACAGACGAGGAGAAGUUGUGCGCGUUUUACAGUCUGCCAUCCUUUCCCAAGCUGCAACAGAAGCGAUGCUCUGGAGAAGGAGCGCCCUGUCAGGAGCGAUUCGACUCUGAGCGCAAGUGGUGUGCUAAUUGGUUGCAACCAUCGCGAAGCAGAAAAAGAAGAAGCCAAAAAAAAAAGAAAAAUGCUGGACUGUACAGCUUAGCGUCGUUCAUCUGCGUUUCUCAAGUUGGUCUCGACGCUGCAAGCCGAGAUGCUUCCCUCUGACGACGUCCCCCCCUGUGUUCAAAUUGAUUUCAUGAGGAUUAGAAGCACCAAAAGCGCAAUGGCAGCGCAUUGCAAGGUCGCUCCUUAGAGUCGCUGCUUCUGGUCCGCUUCUUCUUCUUUUUUUUUUCUUUCUUUUUUUUUGGAUGAAGAGAAAUCCUCCGGAUGUUUACCGAAGAGUGGGAUUCGUUAGACUGGGAGGAUUUGAAGAAGGUGCUCUCUUUCCCCCCUUACCCCGGGGAGUUUCUGCACCCGGUCGUGUACGCCUGCACGGCGGUCAUGUUGCUCUGCCUCUUCGCCUCCAUCAUCACGUACAUAGUGCACCACAGCGCUAUCCGCAUCAGCAGGAAGGGAUGGCACAUGCUUCUCAACUUCUGUUUCCAUACGGCGCUGACCUUCGCUGUGUUUGCCGGUGGCAUCAAUCGAAUCAAAUACCCCAUCAUCUGUCAAGCAGUCGGGUUCGUGCUGCACUACUCGUCUCUGUCGACGAUGCUGUGGCUCGGGGUGACAGCCAGGAACAUUUAUAAGCAGGUGACCAAGAAGUCUCCACAGAGUCAAGACGGUGACCCACCUCCACCCCCUAAACAGCCCCUGUUGAGAUUUUAUUUGGUCAGUGGUGGAGUGCCUCUCAUCAUCUGCGGCGUCACAGCAGCUGUUAAUAUAGACAACUAUGGGAGCGGGGAGCAGGCACCAUACUGCUGGAUGGCAUGGGAGCCCAGCCUGGGAGCCUUCUUUGGCCCCGUGGCCUUCAUUGUGCUGGUGACGUGCAUCUACUUCCUAUGCACCUUCCUUCAGCUCCGGCGACAUCCCGAGAAGAAGUACGAGCUCAAGCAGCUGACAGAGGAGCAUCAGAGGCUGGCCGCCGCCGACGUGCCGACUCACUGUCACCAGGGAGCCGAGCCCGGAGCGCUGGCGGCCCCGUCUGGUGGGAGCAGCUGCCCCGCCGGCUGCCCCGGCAUCCCCAUCAACCCUGCACUGCUGGCCAAUGAGCACUCCUUCAAAGCCCAGCUACGAACUGCGGCCUUCACCCUGUUCCUCUUCCUAGCCACAUGGACCUUUGGUGCGUUGGCUGUGUCGCAGGGACACUUCCUAGACAUGAUCUUCAGCUGCCUUUACGGUGCCUUCUCCGUCACCCUCGGCCUCUUCAUCCUCAUCCAUCACUGCGCCAAGCGUGACGACGUCUGGCACUGUUGGUGCUCUUGCUGUCCUGGAAGACGUGCCAACGCCUGCUCCGGCGCGCAGGGCUCUGCUCAGGCGCGGCCCAAGGUGAACGUGAACGGAGACACCCCGGGGCACGGUGGCCACGGUCACAGCCACUGCCACCACGACUCGCCGUGUCAGGCGAAAGCGCUGCUGAGCUGCAGCCACAGCGGGGCGGCUCACUGUAAACACGCCGCUCUUCCGUCCUCGCAGAAUCACGUAACGUGUCUGGCGCCGGUGACUCCGUGCUGCGCCGCCCUGCACAGCCAGCAGCUGAUGGAGGAGGAGCCCACGGCCACUCACGUGCUGCUGCACUCUGAACCAGGGAUCCAGCUGCACCCCUGCCUCAAAAGCAGCACCAGGACUAAAAGUCGUCAGUUUGGACGCAAAGCCGGGGCGUCUGCCUGCGCGGCGGGGAGCGACAGGGAGUACGCCUACCACAUCCCCUCUAGUGCCGACGGAGGCAGCAUGCACAGCUCACACACUGACAGCCCCCACAGCACACGUGAGCGGCACGCCCACAUCUGUCCGCACCUGGCCCACGAAGGCCACCACGACGGGCAUCACAGAUGCCACGCUACUGCAGCCACCCUGCAUGAGUCUCUGGCGUGCCAUAACCCGUGCCACAGGCAUAUCUGCUGCUCCAAGGCAGACCUUUUCCCUUCUCUGUGUCCGGCAGAAUCGGGGGACACGGGCGUCUUCCUGUGCGGCUGCAGCAAAGUAGCCGAGGAGGAACCCGUGGUAACACAUCACCAUCUGGAGAUGCAUGCUCCACGCAGACAAUCAUGCCCCCAGAACCCGCCCAGUCAGAAUGGGAUUUUAAAGGGAGGCAUGCAUGAAGGACUUCUGUACACCUCAGACAGCACAGGGAAUAUACGCACCGGCCCCUGGAAGAAUGAAACUACUGUGUAGUGCAGGAACACGACACGUUACGGGCGGCUCUCCCGCCUCAUCCUGCCAAAAUGAAUUUCGCCUCCCUUUCUAGAUGAAAAAAAAGGGAAAAAAAAGUGAAAUAACAUUUUAAACAUCACAAUCAACGUGAGGAUUUUUUUAUUUCAAUAUCCACGUUUAUAUGUCUGCUGUUUUCUUGUACAGAAAUCUUAUAUCAUGCAAACGCCUUCAGAGGUACAUCCAUAGACCGAGGAGAAUCACUUUCAACACUAACAGUUUGUGAAAUGUGUCUCACGUUAUACCAUCAGAUUUACCUGGAGGUAUUCCCACUGUUCCAUAUUACUGCAGAUCUAUCUCUCUAUAUAUAUUCAAAAAAAUGAAUGGUUGUAUGUGUGACUAUGUGUGUUAGUGCUCAGAGGCAACAAGCUGCAAGACGUUUUUACCCUGAAUCUGAAACUACCGAUAGUCUACGUUGACGGUGAAUCUCCAGUACUUUGGCAUUCAUGUUCUAGACGACUAAACCAGCAAUUUUAGACUUCAUAUGGGUAUUUUUGCCAUCACAACUGUGAAUACCUACUAGAGAUUUUCUAAAUAAUAAACAAAGAUACCUUUGCUUGGCAGAGAUGUGUGGGUGCCAGUUUAGUUGUAGAAAAAUCACAGCAGAAAAAGCGAAGUAAAAAACUAUGCGUGCUCCUAUCCAGGUUUCUAUUGAUCGUGAUGUCUAUAUGAUGUCUUCACCUUAGUGUUUCCCUCUGCCUGAAAAGAAAUAAAAUCGACGGCACAUCAGGAGGAACGGCGAUGUCACUGUGGAUGGUGAGCUGAUGUCAGUGAGUUACUGGAUUCGGUCCUUUUACUCAAAGUCGGGUCAUGGCAGUGUUUUAUCAGUCGGAUUUUUAUUCGUUUCAUCUCGGUUUGCACAUUUUCCUCCUGCUGAUAUGAAAGCUGCUUGUAAAAACAGACAUUAACAGCUACAAAGUGUUUGAAUGUAAUCAUUGGAAUCAAACAACAAGCUGCUAAAGGGCCCACUUUGGGAAGCCUGCACAGGAGUGAUCCUUAUUUUUUCUUUCAUACAAAGAUGUGAUAAACCUCUCAUCCACAAUUACUCAAAGCAAAAUAACAAGAGCUGUCUAAAAUACAAAAUAAAACUCCUUUAUAU